UCUUUUAGUGUGUUACUUCUACUUUAAUCUUUUAGUGUGUUACUUCUACUUUAAUCUUUCAGUGUGUUACUUCUACUUUAAUAAUUCAGUGUGUUACUUCUACUUUAAUCUUUCAGUGUGUUACUUCUACUUUAAUCUUUCAGUGUGUUACUUCUACUUUAAUCUUUCAGUGUGUUACUUCUACUUUAAUCUUUCAGUGUGUUACUUCUACUUUAAUCUUUCAGUGUGUUACUUCUACUUUAAUCUUUCAGUGUGUUACUUCUACUUUAAUCUUUCAGUGUGUUACUUCUACUUUAAUCUUUCAGUGUGUUACUUCUACUUUAAUAUUUCAGUGUGUUACUUCUACUUUAAUCUUUCAGUGUGUUACUUCUACUUUAAUAUUUCAGUGUGUUACUUCUACUUUAAUAUUUCAGUGUGUUACUUCUACUUUAAUAUUUCAGUGUGUUAGGGUUCCUCUGAGCACGGUGUGUUGAUCAAUGCAUGAAUAAACACAUUUACCGGUUUUAUAUAUAUACACACAUACGAUGUACUACUAUCGAUAUGACAGCACUGAGGUGAGCUGCUGCUACAAGUACCUCAUGUUCAGCUACAAUAUCAUCUUCUGGCUGGCUGGAGUUGCCUUUAUUGCAGUUGGUUUCUGGGCAUGGAGUGAGAAGGGAGUGCUGUUGGAUCUGACCCAGGUGACCCGGCUGCAUGGUUUCGACCCAGUUUGGUUGGUCCUGGUGGUUGGUGGAGUCACCUUCAUCCUAGGCUUUGCCGGCUGUGUGGGAGCUCUGAGAGAAAACAUCUGUCUGCUUAAGUUUUUUUCUGGUGUGAUCGGCUUCAUCUUCGUCCUGGAGCUGACUGCUGCGGUGCUGGCGGUGGUUUUUCAGAGUCAGGUCAGAGAGUGGAUCAACGACUUCUUCUUGGCAAGCGUUAAAGGGUACAGAGACGACAUCGACCUGCAGAACCUAAUCGACUCUCUGCAGAGGAUGAACCACUGCUGUGGAGCCCAGGAACCUAACGACUGGGAUCUAAAUGUUUAUUUUAGCUGUAAUGGAACCCAUCUCCGCAGAGAGAAGUGUGGCGUUCCUUUUUCCUGCUGCAUCACUGAUCCUGCUGACUCUGUGCUGAACACUCAGUGUGGAUAUGACGUGAGGAGCCUGCAGGAGGAUCCUGCGCAGACGAAGUUGACUGAUCACAUCUACACUAAAGGCUGCAUAGCUGCGCUGGAGGACUGGUUACCUGGAAACCUCUACACCGUGGCCAUCGUCUUCAUCGUCAUCUCUCUGCUGCAGAUGGUGGGGAUCUACUUGGCCAGGACUCUGAUUUCGGACAUCGAGAAGGUUAAUUUCAGCUACUGAAGCAACACCCACAGAGGGCGGGGCUUCUUACACAGGCCCGAGGCCCUCCGCCAGGGGGACCUAGUUUCUUCAGAUGUGCCUUCUUCUUCUUCUUCUUCUUCUUCUUCUUCUUCUUCAGUAACUCUGCUGCACCUGCCUUUAUUUCCUCUCAUCAGUCAGAUGAUCUACUGAAAACAUGGCUUCCUGUUGAAUGUCAUGAAUCUAUCUUUGGGCCUUUGGAUGUUGUUUGGUCCGUCUCCACCAGACUGCCUUCACCGUCCUGCCACUUAAGAAUCAACACACUUGGUUUCUAACAGCUGCCUACGAUUCAGUGCCUCCAUCAUCAUCAUCAUCAUCAUCUUUAGGUUGACCUGAAGACAAAUAUCACUAAUUGAAAGCAACAUUGAAACACGUUUUUUAGAGGCGGGCUAACAAAGGCUCCAGCUCUCCCAUUGGAUAACUGACGGUUCAGACCAAAGAAGAAGAACAGCCGUUAGCUUCCAUUAAAAACUAGACUGAUUCCCGGCGGCUCGCUGAGGUUUCGUAGUGACGAGUAAUCAUUCCAUGACGAGUUCCAGUGGUGAUGAAUGAAGAGGGUUCUUGGUUCUACUCCUGUUCUAUUUCCACAGUUCAGAUGGUCACAUACUGAACACUGAGUUAAGAACCUGAGUUCACCUGAAGGUCAUGUGACCAUGUGUUUGAUCGAAUAUGAAGACUUUUUUUAUUCUGGAGCUUUAUGUGAAUAAGGUUUUGGUUUCAAUGUUUUGUGUGAAUAAACAUGUUUUAGAUGUUUAUUCACACAACCCUAAACCAGAGAAUAUUCUGAAUUGUUUGAAUUUUCUACUUUAACUGAUUCCCUCUUUCUGUUCAUAAAUGAAUGGUUUAAUUGUAGUGUUUGAGUUUUAUUCUAAAGGGAUUAAAAAAAAUAAAAAAAAAUAAAAGUACAUUUGUUAUGUCUUUAUAUUCAUUAUAAUAAAAAUGAAGUUUA